UGCAGUAUGUGUAGUGCAGCCUAUCAUUCAUCAGCUAUAUUGUCUCCAUACUGCCCUGCCCCCCUGUCUGCCUCUCGUACACGCACGCACACACGCACGACGCACACACGCUCGACGACACACACACAAACAUGGCGGCCUCUGUUUCACCGCUACGCUCCUCCUUCAGGAUUUGUAGCCCGUUAACGUUACACCACCACUGCUGCCGGGCCAAACUGCGGACCCACAGAAAAUGCGAGAGUCAAAGGAGACAUCUUCACCAGUCGGCGACGAGGCACGCCGCUGUGGUGAUUUCGGGAACAGAGUUUGCUCGUCAGCUCCACAGAGAAAUCCAGCGUGAUGUGGAAGAGCUAGUUGCUCAGGGCAACAUGAGACCCCACCUAGGAGUGGUCUUAGUGGGGGAUGACCCAGCCAGUCGUACCUAUGUGAAGAACAAGACCCGGGCAGCCAGCAUCCUGGGUAUUUCCAGUGACACAGUGGUGAGGCCUAGCUCAGUCUCCCAGGAGGAGUUGCUUGAGCUGAUUGACAAGAUGAAUCGUGACUGGAGGGUCAGCGGCCUGUUGGUGCAGCUGCCACUUCCCGAGCACAUCAACGAGCGAGCAGUUUGUAAUGCCAUCGCUCCAGAGAAAGAUGUAGAUGGCUUCCAUAUUGUGAAUAUCGGAAAGCUGUGUUUGGACCAGAGAUCCAUGGUGCCUGCUACACCUGCAGCUGUCUGGGAGAUCAUCAAAAGAGCAGGUAUUGAGACAGUGGGGAAGAAUGUGCUGGUGGCUGGUCGCUCCAAAAAUGUUGGAAUGCCCAUCGCAAUGUUGCUGCACACCGAUCGCAAGCAUGAACGUCCCGGGGGUGAUGCCACAGUGACCAUCGCCCACAGAUGUACACCGAAGGAACAGCUGAAGGAGCUCACCAGCCUAGCUGACAUCAUUAUUGCAGCUGCAGGUGUUCCUGGGCUGAUCACAGCAGAUAUGGUGAAAGAGGGUGCAGCAGUCAUCGACGUGGGCAUAAACCGCAUCAAGGACCCGAAGACGGGGAAACUCCGGCUCAUUGGUGACGUCGACUUUGAGGGAGUGAAGGAGAAGGCAGGUUUCAUCACACCUGUUCCCGGAGGCGUGGGCCCCAUGACCGUCGCCAUGCUGAUGAAGAACACUGUGACCGCUGCCAGAAACGCACUGAUGCAUUAAACACACACCCAUCUGUUUUAUUGAAUGAUAAACAGUGUCUGCACACACACACACACACACACACACACACACACACACACACACAUACACACACACACCACAAACAUCAAUUCUUUUAGGUUUAAACACACUUUAUUAUGCAUCAAACAUACUUUUAUUUAAAACUCCACGAGCCUGCUGGGAAACUUACUUGACAUGUACUUUGUUUAUAUUUUGAAUUUGUUCAUUUAUUUAUUCAAGGUAUUUAUUUCAGAGUUCACUUUUUAAGAAUUUAGAUUAAUAUUUUUUCUACUGAAGUUGUUUUGGUUCAUUUUUGAACAUUCCAGAUUCACUGGAAAAAAGG